AUGGGGUGGUUUUUUUAUGUAGAUCGAAAAGAUGCAGAGGGCUGGGAAACGGUUCAGCGUGGAAGGCCUGUUCGAUCUCGAUCCACAGCUUUGGCAACAAAACUUCCUGUAGCUGCAGAAUCACUGAAGUCCAAAGGUGACAGUGACAAAGAAAAUGUCAUUUCACCACCAUCGGAGAAUAAGUGUGGGAGUUCACUCACUGACAGUGGUGCAUCCAAAAGCACAGAGCUUGUGCAGAAAGAUCCUUUACAUCAGUCUGAAGGUCCUCUUACUGAAAGGACUCAGUUCACAGCACAUGCCUCAGAAGACAAUGGGAGCACUGGCACACCAUUGCAGGAAGAUUCCUUACAAACAAUUUCCAAGACGCCUCCAGUUCUCACAAGUGCUGACUGUACUUCAGAAACCCUGCAGAUUAAUGAAACUUCCUCCCUGGUCACUGACACUAUAGACAAGCGUCAAACACAAAAAGCUAAAACUGAUACUGAAAUGGAUCCCACAGAUAUUUCAAAUGUGAGUGCUGCCAGAUUGUCUAUGGCAGAAGUCCUUGCUAAGAAAGAAGAGUUAGCAGAUCGCCUGGAAAAAGCAAAUGAAGAAGCCAUUGCUAGUGCUAUUGCAGAGGAAGAGCAAUUAACUAGGGAGAUUGAAGCAGAAGAAAACAAUGACAUUAACAUAGAGACUGACAAUGAUAGCGAUUUCUCUGCUAGUAUGGGCAAUGGAAGCAUAUCUUUCUGCGGUAUAUCUAUGGACUGGAAUGAUGUCCUGGCAGAUUAUGAAGCCCGUGAAUCAUGGCGCCAGAGUAAUUCUUGGGGAGACAGAGUGGAAGAAGAGCCUGCACGUCCCCCUGGACAUGGAAUACACAUGCAUGAAAAACUGUCGUCACCGUCACGCAAAAGAACAAUAGCAGAAUCCAAAAAGAAACAUGAAGAGAAACAAAUGAAAGCUCAACAGCUGAGAGAAAAGUUACGUGAAGAAAAGACAUUGAAGCUUCAAAAAUUAAUGGAGAGGGAGAAAGAUGUGAGGAAAUGGAAAGAAGAAUUAUUAGAUCAAAGACGCAGGAUGAUGGAGGAGAAAUUGCUCCAUGCAGAAUUUAAACGUGAAGUGCAGCUACAAGCAAUUGUGAAAAAAGCACAAGAGGAAGAAGCUAAG